AAAAACCCCAUUAUAUUUGUAUACUAUACACAAUACAUUAUAUCUCAUGCGUUUGAUAAAACCCAGGAAGAAUUAUUCACAAAUAACAUCGAGGAAAUUCGAUUGUUACGAUUCAUCUUGACCGGAAACCAGGGCCUGGUGGCGGCGGCGGCGACUCCUCUUGUGUCGUCCGUCGUCUUUGAGGCGUGUGAGAUAAACAGCUAGCUUGAUGUUUUGUAGCAUCGUUAGCUGGAGACUUUAAUGGUUCGAUUCCUGAUUUAAAAAAAGAAACAAAUCAAAUGAGUUUCAGAUUAUUUCCAUAUUUCCAGAGCGGCUCUGUUCUUCAAGUCGAUCCAGGAGUUUCCGGUUGUUUUCCCGUCAGGACAUUACAUAACAAUGUGGCGCUCAACCGAUGAUUUAGCUUAAAACCUCGUCUGCUUUAAAAAAAAAAUAAUAAAAAAAAAAUCGUCUUUUUGAAACAACAAGCGAAGUUUUAUGUGACAAUGGGAAGCAACAGGAUCUACAUCAGCAUCGGGUACGCGACCUUCGGUGCCCUGAUGGGACUGUCGGCUUUCCUGGUCUGGAACGUCGCCUACAAACAGCCGUGGACGGCGGCCAUGGGAGGCCUGUCAGGUACUCCGACACCGACACGGAGGUGUGUGGAUUCUCCUCCUCUUCCUCGGCUUCUCUCAGUCAGUGACACAAAGGGCGGAUCUAAUUCUGUUACGAUCAUUAAAGGAGUUUUGGCGCUCUGGUCUCUCGUCACACACAUCAUGUACCUGCAGGACUACUGGCGCACGUGGCUCAAGGGGCUGAAGUUCUUCAUCGCUGUCGGCGUGCUCUUUUCAAUCCUGGCAGUGACCGCCCUCAUCACCUUCCUCACCCUCGCCAUCACACAGAAGCAAUCUCCCACUGACCCGAGGAGCCUCUACCUCUCCUGCGUGUGGAGCUUCCUGACUCUCAAGUGGUCCUUUCUCUUGGCCUUGUACUCGUACAGAUACCGCCAGGAGUUUGCGGAUAUCAGCAUCCUCAGCGACUUCUAGUCAGGAUUUAUUUUAUAGACUCCGAUGGACUUUGAGGGGUUUUAGUUUUCUGGCAGGAGUUGGUCAAAGAGCUUUUUGUAACAAAGAGGAGGAAAAACCCCAGACAUGGCUAGAUUAAAAAGUCAUCUGACCUUUUUCCACAUGGAGUUUCACUUGUUGCUCUCGCUUAACAAGUUCUGUAUUUGCAUUGUAACCUGUUCUCCUACUUUUAAUGAGCUACAUAUUAUAUUCCCGUCGUCGUCGUCAUCAUAAGUAAACCUCUGAAGAAUGGAACUUAUUUUGAGUUAAUUGCUGAAGGCUAUUUAUGAAGAGAUUUACAAACAGAUUUUAUCUUUGGAUCGUUCAAGCUUAGAAAAAUAAUAUAUAAAAGGAAACCGCUUCCAUAACAGGUUUUUAUUUCAAUGAGUAGUUGCUGAAAUGAAAAUACUCUCGGAACCUAAACUGAAACCACUUACCUGAAACCACGCUGACGAUAAGAAGUUGACAGUGUGUUUGGGACUGCUUGAUUAUUUUUACCCCUACCAUCAUUUUCAUAGCUCCAGCCCUGAACCACAGAAUAUCCACAUCUCCAGACUGUCGCUGUGUUUCACUGUCUGUCUGAUAUCCAUCAUCAGUGAAGCAGUUUUAAGAAUUGAUAUAUUUUUUUAAUUCAACCGCUGAUUUAAACCGAUUCUCUCUCAUUCGUAGCUUUUUAGUGAAACUAAUCCUGUUACAACCCUAAGAAGGAAGUGCUUAAUAUAUCUCUUACUUCAUACUCAGCUGUUUUAUUUUCUUUCAUUAGAUUUGAAAUGUGGAGUCUUGUAUCGUGCUCAAAGAAAAGGCAUUCCUGUGGAAUUUCUGCUUUUCAUCUUUUGUUCCACCAGGGGGAGACCUGCUCUUCCUGUCUACAGUCCCGAGACAUUCCUCUAGAGAGAACGAAUUGAUAAAUAAUUGCACUUUAGUCUUUGACGCCAUUGUUUUGCACAGAAAUCCUGAUACAAUGGGCAAAAAAAAAAAGGUUUUACAUGCUAUCCUUCAUGUCUCACCCUUUUUAAUGAUGAAAUCCUCUAUUUAUACACUACGUAUGUUUUAUGUUACACUUCCUGUGAUUUAUGUAAGUCACACCAGGCUUUGUGAGUAGUUUAGUUCCAGCUGUAACGUUUGUCCACCCUCUGCCACAAAACAUGUACAUUUGUAUUUUUGUCCAUGAGAGAUUGAAUGUGAGAAUCCCACGUGUAUAGAAACCAAACCCAUUAAAGAUGCAGUUAUUGUUAAUUA